CCUACUCCGAUCUCGAGGGCGCGACGCCACCGUCCUCUCCCCUGGCGUCGUGCCUCGUCCCAACUCCCAACUGCCGAGGGGUGGAGGGGCAAUUCCGGUGUGCGCGCGCGUGCGUGCGUGCGGAAGUGAACCCCCGGUUGAUUAGUACAGCAGGUGGGUGGGAGAUCGAGGUCGCGCCCUUGCCCCACACGCCACUAAACGCCGCGCCGACGGGCUCAUCAGGCGAUUUGGACGGGCUCGCCUCGGCCGCUCUGUGCUUGUGCGGUGGGUGGGUUGCGGGUGCGGGAAGCCUCGCCAAACCUAGCGGUGCCGACUGCCGAGCUGGGUGGGGGCGCGAGGAGUCGACGGGAAGACAAGGAAUCAUGAGUGAAACAGGGCACACUGUACAAGUCACUAACCUCUCGAGCAGAGUAUCUGAAAGUGAUCUUCAUGAGUUCUUUUCGUUCUCUGGUCCUAUUGAGCACAUAGAACUUAUCAGAUCAGAAGAUUAUGGUGCCACUGCUUAUGUGACAUUCAAGGAACGCUUUGCCUUGGAAACUGCAGUAUUGCUCAGUGGGGCUACUAUUGUGGAUCAGCCAGUAUGCAUAACUUAUUGGGGACAACCUGAGGAGACUUUUAAUUUCUGGGACAGGCCAACUUGGGAGACCGAAGAGGAAAUCGAAUACAGGAACUACCAGACAUGCCAGUACAACACUACUCCGCAGGAAGCUUUUACAGUGGCUCAAGAUAUCAUGAAGACGAUGCUAGCAAAGGGAUACGUGCUCAGCAAGGAUGCUUUGGCUAAGGCUAGAGCCUUUGAUGAGUCCCAUGGAUUAACAGCUGCAGCUGCAGCCAGGGCUGCAGAGCUGAGCAAGAGAAUCGGUUUAACUGACAGGGUCAAUGCUGGUGUUGGUGCAAUGCGAUCAGUCGAUGAGACAUAUCGUGUAAGGGAGACAACCAAGACGGUUGCUACUGCCACUGGAAGAACUGCAGCUAAGGUGGUAAAUGGCAUCGUCACCAGCAGCUACUUCUCUGCAGGAGCCAUGAUGCUGUCUGAUGCUCUUACUAGGGCUGCCAAGGCCGCGGCAGAUCUGGCUGCUCAUGGUAGGCAGAGUUGAAUGAAAAGUGAACAUACAAUCCAUCCUUCAGUUACUAAACAGGAGGAAGAACACCUUAAUACGAUAUACUUCAAGUGAUGUUCGAUGUAUAUUUAUAACAGACAACAGUGUUGUAAAUUAAAAGGAGACGAACACUGCGUUUGGAACAAAUUGUUUGCUCUGAUAAGUUUGAUGCAAAUGGAGUCAAGUGAUCGUGCAGCCAUGUUUCUGA